AAAUCGAGCGAACACCGCCGCGGCGAGUCUGAGCUGUCAGCUGCAGCAGCACUCUCAGCAGCAUUACCAACCAGUUCGACAGAGAGACACCCGGAAGGCACGAAAGUCCAUUUAUUUUUGAGAGCAGCAUGAAUCGUUUCAAGACCUCCAAAUUCAAAAACACCACUCCGAAGGUUGCCAAGAAAGAUGGAUGGAUCAACAAUGUCCACGCUGGCUCCUUCUCCUGCCAGGGGAACCACAUCAAAGCAAGCGCCAAGCUGGUGGCUUUCAACACCGAUCAGGCUGGUGGCGGGAUGGUGGGUCUGACCUCAGUCAACCCUUCAGAUGGCCAAUGGACUGUCACCCAGAUCUCCUGCCAUUCGGAUCUGGUGACUGAUAUGGACUUUUCUCCCUUUGAUGAGAGUCUCCUGGCAACUUGCUCUGGGGAUGAAACGUCCUGGCAACUUGCUCUGGGGAUGAAACGGUAAAGCUGUGGCGUUUGUGCGAUCCAGAGCAGGAGCAGCCCAGCAGCCCCGAACUGACACUGAAGCCAGGUCAGGGCAGGCUCGAGCUCGUGCACUUCCAUCCCACAUCCUCGGGCCUGCUGGCCGUUGCUACCGCCAGGUCUCCUCUGAUUUGGGACACCAGCAAGCAAGAUGCGCCUCUCGCAGCCCUGGAGCAGCACAGCGACCAGUUGCAGAGCCUCAGCUGGAAACAGGACGGUUCCCUGCUCGCCUCCUCCAGCAAGGACAAGAUUUUGCGUGUGUUUGAUCCCAGAGCCCAGCUGACACCUGUUCAGAGUGCCAAGAGCCUUCAGAGCAACAAGGAUUCCCGGAUCCUGUGGGCCAAAGAUGACUUUUUACUGACUAUCGGCUUUGAUACGAUGCGAACUCGUGAGGUGAGACUUUGGGACAGCAGGAAGCUCGGCUCUUCGGUCAGUUCGCUGUCACUCGGCACCUCCACUGGGAUGCUGGUCCCGCUGUUUGACAAUGACACCGGUCUCCUCAUGCUCGCUGGCCUUGGAGAAACUGCGGUCGAUUGCUUUGAAGUCUCCACCUCUGAGCCUUUCCUAACUCAAGUGAGUCACUGUCUGACCGAUGCUUCCACGCGAGGCAUUGCCAUGGUACCAAAACUGGCACUGGAUGUGAUUUCUUGCGAAGUGGCGCGUGUUCUUCAGCUGACUGACAGCUGCAUCGUGCCAAUCAGCUACCAAGUCCCUCGCAAGAGUUCAGGCCACGAGUUCCAUGAUGAUCUCUACCCAGAUACGGUAGGCACGACUCCAGCCAUGUCUGCAGAGGAGUGGUGGCAAGGAGGGAACAAGCAGGUGGAAAAAGUUAGCCUCCACCCAGACAAGCGACCCAAACCAGCAGCAAAACAGACACCUGUUAAGAAGGAGCAGCCCAGUGGAGGAAACAAAGAUGAUCAACCUCGUGGCUGCUCCACCUCCAGUAGUCCUCUAAGCACCCCCAGCAGCAGUGCUGCCCCGUCACGCUCUCCCUCCUCCACCUCUGGUCUCUCCUCAGGCUUCCUUCCCAGUCCCAGCCAGAACGUAAAGGCAAUCCAAAGCCUGAUGGGACCAACAUCCAAAUUCCGACACAUCCAGGGCGCGGUGAUGCACCGGGACAAGCACAUCACCAACAUCCGCAACCUCAACCUGACGACACCAGGCGAGUGUGACGGCUUCUGUGUGAACCGUCAACGCGUGGCCGUGCCGCUCGCCAUCUCAGGAGGCCAAAUUGCUGUAUUCGAGCGUUCUGGGCCAGGGAGGCAACCAGACACGGCUCUGCCCACCAUACAGAACUCUGUAAACGUGGCCGACCUUUGUUGGGACCCCUUUGACACCCACAGACUGGCAGUCGCUGGAGACGAUGCUAAAAUCAGGCUGUGGCAGGUACCUGAGGGCGGGCUGAAAGACACCCUGACUGAGCCUAAGCUUAUUUUGCAAGGCCACACAGAGAAGAUCUACUCCAUCAAGUUUCACCCUCUGGCCAGUGGGAUUAUGGUGUCCUCCUCCUACGAUCUGACGGUGAGACUGUGGAACCUGGAGAGUGGCGAGCAGGUCAAGGUUCUCACUGGACAUCAGGACCAGGUUUUCGGUAUGGCGUGGAGCCCCGACGGCAAGCUGCUGGCCACAGUUUGCAAGGAUGGAAAAGUUCGCAUCUACGACCCUCGCAAAUCUACUGCACCUGUGCAGGAGGGACCGGGUCCAGAGGGCCACAGAGGAGCUCGUCUGGUCUGGGUGUGUGACGGAAAGCACCUGCUGGUGUCGGGAUUUGACAAUCGCAGUGAGAGAGGACUUUACCUGUUCUCCACUGACUCCCUGUCCUCCGGGCCUAUAGCCAGUGCAUCUUUAAACGUAUCUCCCUCCACGCUUAUCCCUUUUUACGACCCCGACACCAGCGUUGUAAUCCUCACUGGAAAAGGUGACACCAGGGUCUACAUUUAUGAGGUCAUCCCAGAAGAUCCAUACUUCAUUGAAUGCAGCAGUUUUAACUCUCCUGAGCCUCAUAAGGGACUGGCCUUUUUGCCUAAAACCGAGUGCAACGUGCGAGACGUGGAGAUAGCUGUGGGACUGAUGCUCACCAAGACGACCAUAGAGCCCGUGGCCUUCAGAGUGCCCAGAGUCAAAAAAGAGUUCUUCCAGGAUGAUGUGUACCCAGACACAGCGGUGUGGUGGGAGCCUGCACUCUCCGCCUCCGCCUGGCUCUCCGGCUCCAACGGCCAGCAUAAAAAGAUCAGCCUGAAGCCCAAAGACAUGACGCCAGUGAGCGAGGCCCCCAAAGAGGCUCCGGUGAGGAAAUACCUGCCCUCGUCUGUGUACUUGGAGGAAAAAACGGAUGAACAGAAAAAAGAGGAGCUCCUGAGUGCCAUGGUGGCCAAGCUGGGCAACAUGGACGACCCGCUGCCACAGGAGUCCUUUGAGGGCGUGGAUGACGAGGAGUGGGAUGAUUAAACUGGAUGUCAUCAUCUGGGCUUUGCUUCAAGUCUUUGUGCCAGCAGCAGAGAGGAGAGAAGAGCUCGACGGUUAUUUUUGCCAUUCGUGUUUUCGAGCGCGUCACCCAGACAUCUUCAGAGCAAAACAAACACCGCAGCCAGCUGAACAAGAGGAAAACUGCAUCACUUAGAAACUUGUAUGGUUUAAAUUGAACUGAAAACAACACACCUCUGUCAAAUAUUCAGCAUUCAGCUUGAACUUCAAAUUGCUUUUUUUUUUCUCCUGUUUACAGACGAGGACAUAUUUGUUUGCACCCUUGGUCAUGAAGUCUAAAAAUGCCUUAAAACGAAUUCAUCUUGCGUUGUAGUGGCAUAGAAUCAAACUGAAAACUUUUAGAAAAUCCAACCUUUCAUUUGAGUAUGUUUUUUUUCAUGCUAUGAAAUAUUUGAUUUUCACAAAACCCAUGGUGGCACAAUUACUGGUACUUGUAAUGAUCCGUUAAAAUAAUAUGACUAAAGACUCCUUUUCAUGCAUACUUACCUGGAGUUCAAACGACACCAGAAACUAAGCCGGAAGGUAUUGAGCUAAAACUAAUUUCAAUAUUUAACUGAGUGGCAUCUAGGGGCCACCGGUUCUCUAUAACCGUCAGUUACUGGGUCCUGUCAUUAAUGCUAAUGAAAAUAUGCAAAUUACUCGGAUAGGAGGGAUGGUCAGAUACAAGCUAUCUGAGUUUAAAGCGUCAUCAGCCUCUGUCGAUGUAAACUUGCACUAGUGAAAAGCAUAGCAUAGCACUGGGGAUCUCACACACAGCCAGGGAUUUAGCUUAUCAGGCUUUUUAAUGUGACGCUCAAAAUACUCCGCCCACUGAUGUAGCCCGUAGAUCUGCACGGGCCAUCUGGGGUUUGGCCCGAUUGAUUCACCGUUAGAAAUGGACUGUAAACCAUGCCUGCCUAGUGCACCGUUGCAAGGAGGCAUAUGGUGUACACCCACUAUCAACAUAUUAACUUGAUGUCUGGCUGUCAUGCCAGAAAAACAAAACAAUCACUCCUACAAUCACAAAUGUCAAUUUUGAGUGCCCUAAACUCUUCUGGGACUUUAACUGGACCUACUUGAGACGAGAUUUUGGAGAAAAAAACUGGGAUGGAUGAAUGUGUGGAUAAGUGCCUUUUGGCCGUUUUUAAGUAUGUUGGGGGAUCUGUGAUGCUGUGGGCCUUUUUCUCUUCCAAAGGCUCUAGAAACCUUGUUAAGAGUUCAUAGCAUCAUAAACUCUUUUAAAUACAGGGAUAUUUUAGGUAAAUGUCUACUAAGACACCGCUAAUGGGUCCUAGCAACAGAAUGAUGAUCCAAAACGUGUCCAAAUCAGCACAGAAAAUGGUUCAGCAGACAUGAAUUCAACCUUAUUCCAUGGCCAUCCCGGUCUCCAGACCCGAAUCCUACAGGAAACCCUUUGGGUGCUCCGAGCUUAAGAAAUAUAGAAGAAGUGCUCUCCUAUUGGCAGAUGAGCUCUGAAUAAAGUGCCGUUGAUCACUCGUGCACCAGUGGUUUGUGAAAACCAAAUGUUUUUUCUUAUACAUUUUCCUCCAACUGAAUAAAUGUGCAGAAAUUAAAACACAUUUAUACUAACUGCUCGUUUUUCUGUGGAAUAUUAUGCUACUGCAAUGAAAUGUGUACUUAUUUUAAAACUUUUUACUCUUCUUUACCAAGGGUGACCGCAUCUAUAUGUCAGUAGGGGAUUCAUCCUAUUUGAUGAAUUCAUGAGAUAAUCAAACGUUCACACAAUCAAGGAACAAAUCAGGAAUAAAUCAAGAAUUUUUUUGAUCAAACAGUGCAUAAAACCGCAGCCAAUCGCAUGAAUCCCACCUCUGGUGUAUGCCACAUAGCCAGUUAUAUCUCUGACAGCUUGCUUUACAAAAAAAAUCAGGCAGUUUCUCAUGUCCUCUGAUAGCACAAACUGAGUAUUUAGAUAUAAUUGAAAUAUGUUAAGUCUGAAUACUUGCAUAUACAAGGGACCACUUCUUUGCUUUAUAACGGCCAGCUGUAACAGAACAAGUUCACAAGACCGAUCGUCUUCCAUUAAGAUCACACGAAUCACGCUCACUUCCUGCAACGUGAUUAAGCUUCAGCGGCAGAUACCGCCUAAAAACCUUAGGACACCACAGGGUCGUCGUGAUUCUUCUUAGUCACUGAACUGGAAUCACUGAUAUUAGUAACAGUAGGUUUCAUUUGUUUUUAACCCCAGAUUAAAAGGUUUUUAACAAGACAGGCAUUAUAAUAAUAGUGUUUUUGUUUGUUUUUUAUUAACUCUUGCAACUAAGGAAUGUUGGUGUGAGGAGAAAAUGAAAGAUCUUUACUUUCCAGUGGGGCUUUUUAUGCCUUUAGUUAAUCAUUCCUUUUUUUUUUUUUUUUUUUUGUAGGGUAAUCUGACUUUUCUAACCUUGAUCCAUGUUGAUAUUCUGACUGUUUUGGGAGUAAUACUCAUUGAAUGGGAUAUUUUUAAAUAAUCAUGGUGUUAAUCAGACAAUGGGCACAGUGUUAGUAAUUUAGAGCGAAGCCAUCAUUGUGUAGUCGUCACUCAGGGCUGCGUCGGAGUCCUUUAGAACCAUUUUUUUUUUUUUUUAUCCAACAAGUUGUUUACAUCCUCAGAAGGACUAAUGUGAUCCGGCCAAAUCAGCGGUGCAUUUCCCUGCUUACCGUGUUGAACACUUGUACGGUGGAUGUCAUUGGAUGCAUGUGAUUGUGAUUUUUAAACAUCUGUUAUAUGUGUUGAUUGGAUUAACUUGCCUUGGGCUUUGUUUUUAUAUAGUAAGUAAAAAGUUGUGGUUUUGUUUUUAUAGUAAUGGUUUGUGGACUUUUUCAAAUCUGUCUUGCAAUAAACACCAUAUGAACUUA